AUAAGGUGUAAGUACAUAAAUAUAUUAAAAUCUCAUUCAAGAACAUACUCAAACAAACUAUAGAUAAUACAAAUGCCAUUAUUUCCUCUAAAAAAAUUAACAAACCUUCAGUCAAAAAUCUAUCAACAAAUCAUCAUUACAAACUCAGCCUGUCAGAUUGCUAAUUAAUAACAUGCACACAAAAUAAUAGUCAAAAUGUUCGUCAGUGUACUCCCAGUCUUUACCAAAUAUCCGUAAAGGUAAUUAUUUUGAAUGGUAUGACACCCGUACGUACGGCCCAGGAAAGUCUAUGGACUGGAUAUACGUGUUGUACAUUGUACUGAAGCCACUCGAACUCAUCCUCACUACAAUUUUCCCACCGGAAAAAGAGUCACCCGCUUAUUUACGUAGACGUUCCAUCUUCGCUCCAGACGAUUACGACGACGAAGAGGAGGAAAACUCAAAAAAACACAAAGUUUUUAAAAUAUUGAAUAAGUCAAACACCACUAUAUUUGCGACGGAUGUUAAAAAACGAGAUCGCAAUAGCAAUUAUACCAGGGGUAAUAGAAGCAGUAGCGACGGUCGCGCUUUUGGUGCUAAAGAUACUUACGGUAACGUCACCGCAACUCCCAGUACUAUCAGCGGUAUAACUUUUGAUAAUAACAAUACUAGAGGCUUCACAGAACACAUCAGCAGUGACACUAACGCCUUAACAGGAGCCGGUAGUGAUGGAAAUACUUCCUACGUAGAACCUCAAAGUGGCAGUACAAAUAGGCAACCAGUGAACAUUAGUGGCAAUACUACUGCCUUAACAAGGCAUAAAGGUGGCAGUACCAUCGGAUUCACUACAGGCACCGAAACUAAAAGCAGUGUCGAUGCUUUAACAGGAGGUACUGUUGCUAGCAGUUCUAAUGCUUACAGUGGUGAAGUUACCAGAAGUGUCACUCCCCAUUCAAGAGGCGUGGGUGAUAAUACUCUUGCGUUAUCAGGAACUACAAAUACAGAUACUAAUACAUUGCCUCCAGGCCUUAAUGGUGCCAAUAAAAACAAAGGUGUAGAUUCUAGUGCAUUUGCAGGAGUUCGUAAUGGCGGUACAGGUACCUUCAAAGGAAACAAAAGCACUAUUGCAGGGGAUUUUAGUACUGACACCAGUGCCUUUGUAGUUGGCUCCAGUGGCGGUACUAGUGUCGUCAUAGAGAGCAAGAGUGUUGACACUGAUGCCUUUACGCGUGGCCUUCGUGGUGACACCACUGCCCUGGCUGGUAGUAAAAAUGGAAACGUUUUGGUCUUGUCACGGGGUCUUGGUGGAGGUACGAGUAUCGUUACGGACAACAAAAGUGGUGAUGUCAGUGCCUUUACAACUAGUCUUGGCGGCGACACUACCAACCUGACCGAAGAUAAAACUCCAGAUAGUGGAACCUUUGCAAAAUCUCUUGGAGGUGGUACUGGUAUCGUUACGGGUGGCAAAAGUGCUGAUGUCAGUGCCUUUACACGUCAUCUUGAUGGCGACACCAGUACCCUGACAGGAAGCAAAGCUGCAAAGACUGAAGCCUUGACAAAAGGUCUUGAUGGAGGCACUAAUAUCGUUAUAAGUGGCAAAAGUGCUUAUGUCAAUGGCUUUAGCAGUGACCUUGGUGGCAAUACCAGUGUCCUGGUAGGUGGGAGCAGUGCAGACACUGAUGCAUAUCCAGAAGGUUUUGGUGCCACCAGUACUGGUAUCGUUACAGGUGGUAAAAGUGCUGAUAUCAGGACAUUUAGAGAUGACUUUAGUGUUGACACCAAUACCCUGACAAGGGGCAAGAGUACAGAGACUGGUGCCUUUGCAAAAGGUCUUAGUGGUAGUACUAGUAUCGUUACAGGUGGGAAAGGUGGUAAUGCUAGUGCCGUCCAACGUGGUCUUGGUGGCGACAUUAGCGCCCUAACAGAUGCCAAGAGUGCGAACACUGGCGCUUUUGCAAGAAAUCUUAGUGGAGGUACUAGUUCCAUUACGGGUGGCAAAACUACUGAUGUCAGUGCCCUUACACGUGGUCUUGUUGACGACACUAGUACCCUGACUGGAGGCAAAACCGCAGAGAGUGAAGCCUUUGCAAAAACUCUUGGUGCUGGUACUAGUAUCGUUACGGGUAGCAAAAGUGAUAAUGUCAGUGCUUUUACACGUGGUCUUGGCGGCGAUACCAGUACCCUGAUGGGAGACAAAACUGCAGAGAGUGUAGCCUUUGCAAAAGCUCUUGGUGGUGGUAAUAGUAUCGUUGCUGAUGGCAAAAGUGAUAACAUCAGUGCCUACACACGUGGUGGCGUUACAAAUAUUUUCAAAGGGGACAAAAAUGUUGAUAUCAAUAUCUUGACAGGAGGCAAAACUGUUACUGGUGCAUUUUCCGGAGGCCUAAGCAGCGGUACUAGUUUUGUCAAAGGAUCUAAAAGUGUUAAUAUUAAUGAUCCUGGCAACCUUAGUAGCGAUAACAGUGUCUUCAUAUGGGGCAAAAGUACUGGCGUCAGUGAUUUCACAGGUGGCAAAAGGGCAGCCACUGGAACCUUUGCAGGGAACAUUGGUGGGGACACUAGUAUUAGCACAGGUGGGAAAAGUGCCAAUGCUAGUGGCUUUUUCAGAAGCAUUGGUUUAAAUAGUGCUUUUGGAGGUACAAGUACUGAUAUCAGUGCUAUUAACGGUCUUGGUGGUAGUAUGAGCACAGGAGGCAAAACUUCCGAUGUUAGUGCCUUAUCAGGAGGCCUUGGUGGCGGUACUAAUGCUAUGUUAGGAGGCAAAAACACCGAUACCACUACAUUUCUAGGAGGUUUUAGUACAAAGACUUCCACAGUAGGCCAAAGUGUGGAUACAGGUACCUUCAGGGCAAGUAUUGGUGAAACAUUUAGUGGAGGAAAACUUAGCAGUCCCAGUGUCUUCGGAGAGGGAAUUGGCAGUGUCGCUAAAGGCGUCUCUGAUCGCUUCAGUAGUGGAGUCACUUCAGGUUUUACCUCUACCUCUGAUGGGACUAAAAGUUAUUCUGGAGAUUAUAACCUUGGUGUAGGUAAUCUCGCUAGUAGAGCAGGUGGAGGUAUCAGCAACGUUACUGGUAGCGUCUCAACUGGUACGGACGCGGUUACUAGUGGUAUCGUUGGCGGCGCUACAAAUCUUGCUAGUGGAGCCUUCAGCGGCAUUACCACGGUCAUGAGGAUAGUAAAAUUCGUUGCUUCUAGCAUGGCAGGUGGUGUAAGUGCCGUUGCUGGUGUAGCUGCAAGUAGUAUUAGCACUAUGACGGGUGGAGCUCCUAGUGGGUUUAGCACUGUUGGUAGUGGAAUUGAUUCUAUUACUAAUGGUAUAUCUAAUAUCGCUGAUGCAGCAGCAAGUGGCAUAGCAGGCGGUGCUAGUAACGUUGCUAGUGUAACUGCAACCGGCAUUAGAAGCGUUGCUGGUUUAACUGCAACUGGCGUUAGUAGCGUUGCUGGUGUAACCGCAACUGGCAUUAGUAACGCUGCUGGUGUAACUGCAACUGGCAUUAGUAAAGUUGCUGGUGUAACUGCAACCGGCAUUAGCAGCGUUGCUGGUGUAACGGCAACUGGCCUGCAACUGGCGUUAGUAGCGUUGCUGGUGUAA